AUGGCAGCAUCUCUUCCAGACCUUUGCCUUAAAUCAAUAUUCAAAGAAUUGGAAGAUGAUUUAAAGUCACAAUAUGUCUUCAUCUUGAUUAAUCGUCAUUGGUGUCUUUCGGUGAUCUCAGAAUUAUGGCGAAAUCCUUUUGAUUCUUGUAAUAAAAAAGAUCAAAAUGUAAAAAUAAUAGAUACAUAUCUUAAAUGUUUACCUCAAGAUAUGCGAAAUGAACUUGGUGUUGAAUCAAUUAACUCAUUAAAAGCUGCAACUUUUGACUACCCAAGUUUUUUAAGGCAUAUCAAUGAUUCAAUUAUUUCUUAUAGCGCUAGAUGUUGGGCUACAGAAAACUUUCCAGACUAUGAGAGUCAAUCGAGUGUGUCUCACAAAAUACAAGAGUUGUUAUGUCGACUUUUUGUAUCUUCUUCACCUACAAUAAAAGGAAUUACUAUUGAUUGUGAACAUAGCAUAAAUAUCUUUGCACUUCCUGGCGCCAAGAAAAGCUUAUCACAACUUGAAAUAUUCAACUGUAGAACAUAUAGAAAUGUUGGAUGUUUACCGGAAAUUCUAGAAUCUGCUUUGGAAAUUUCUAAAAAAGUUCAGAAUUUAGACAUUUGGUUAAGCACAGAUGAAAAUAUGGGAUCCACGAUCGAUAACAUGUCAAAAUUUAUUGAAAGCCAACGAAAUUUAAAAGUUAUAUUAAUCGGAUCAUCAGAAGAUGAUUUUCCGAUUCUUUGGCAGAGUACAUUAAUGCAUGUAGAUACCUUAGUACAUAUUCAAAUCAGUUCAAUUAUAUUUAAUCCAUCUCCUUUCCAACUUUAUGAUCUGGCUUUGUUUAAGAGUCUGGAAAUAUUAGAAAUAGAAUAUUGCGAUAAUUUCGUAUUUUCUUAUUAUGAUAAAAUGGAAUCAUUUGCAUUUCAAAAAAUGAAACGAAUCUCAUUAAAGACUUGUAGAGAUUUUCCAUCUCAUUUUAUAGAGGUACUUUUUUCUCAAGCAAAAGAAAAUAUGCUUCAAGUAGAAUUAUUUGGUCUUGAAGAUUACGAAUCAAUUUUCCAAUCUUGUAUAAAACAUUGUAAAAAGAUUACAAGAUUUCAUGGAUCAAUUGUAAUUCAACAAACAUCUCUUCUUCUCGAAAUGUUGAAGACUUGUAAAGAACUUCAAGAUAUCCUUAUUGAAGAUUUAUCUCACGAACCUGAACGUGUAUAUUCAUCUAUCGCAUAUUUCGAUCCUAAUAAUUUCAUACGACAACUCGGAGAAGUCAUGCCAACAAAUGUGCAUAUGUUAACAUUAAAGAUAAAUUGGGUAUUUUCAUCAAAAUCAUUAGAUGAACUUUUCAAAAAGUUUAAGGCAACUAAUUUAAGAAUAUUAGACUUUUCUGGUUUAUCAUUUAUUUCCGAUGAACAUCUUGAAGUUAUUAUUAAACGUUGUGGUGGAAAAUCGAAGGAAUUAUAUUUGACACAUAGUUAUUAUUUUUCUGACGAAAUUAUUGAAAAGGCACGAAAUAGUUUUCGGAAACUUGUCUUUGUAAAAGAUCAAUCGUUAUCAAAUGAACUUGAUGAUUUUGAUGACUUUGAUGAAUACGAUGAUUUGAUGUUGGACGAAAUUCUAAGUUUACAGAUGGAAGACGAAUUUAUUUACGGGUGUUAUCAAGAUGAUUAUGGUGAACUAUACGGUAGCUAUUAUGAAGAUAGUGAAGGUGAUGACGAUGAGGAGGAGGGGGAAUUGUAUUCGGAUGAUAAUAGUGGUGAUGCAGAUUCCGAAAAAGAUGAUGACGAUUAUGAUUCAGAACAAAGUGACUAA